GUCGGUCAUGCGCAUGCGCACACGCUACAAAAAUAAUUAAUGGAUGGUGGAAGUCAUGAAAAAAUCUGUUAAUUAAGUGUUAAUUUACGAGUAUCUGCACAAAAUACUCAAGAAAUAAUGACAGGUUGAUUAUCAAGUUGACAGAAAUCAUUUGGUAUGGUCUAAAGUUUUCAUAAUGCCAGCCCGAAAGAAGUCAAGAAUUGGCUAUAAAAAGAAAUACUCUGUUCCAUCCGGUUCCGCUCGCAAAAAGUCUCCUAUAUCGAAGAUUGAUGAUGCAGCAGAAUCAGAUGCGUUCUUCUCAACUCUGUUUGACGUCUUUUUACCAGACGAAAUUUGCUCUGUUGAUGUAAAUAAUGAGUCGAGUCCUGUGGAAUAUGUUGACAGUGACGGGUCCUCUGCAAAUGAAUUUAUAGUUUGUUUGGAUAAACCGUAUACAUACUCACCAGAUGUUGUACUUGAAGACUUCAUUGCGAGUCAGAAAUGUCGCAUAUUUAGUCAACUUCGGGAUAGUUGUAAACACGAUAUAAAAACAGGCAGUAAUUUUAUCUACAUGACAAAUUCAUCAGAUAUAAAGUAUGUCGAACUUUAUGAUAGCAACGACCAUUGGGAAAUACCAAGAGUUAAGACAUGUGUAAGGGUAAACAAAGAGUUAAUGGUUAAUAUCAUGGUCCAUGGCAAAUCUUUGCCUGACAGUCAUAGUAUUUAUGAAAAGAUUGGAAGAUGUUGUUAUUCUGUCAAGCGUGUUCAGAAAGCACUUGAUGUUGUUAGUCAAUACCAUAUUUGUGAAGGGAACCAGGACUCUGAUUUGCAAGACCUUAUUCCAGUGAGAGCUUUUAUUGAUGUGUCGGAGGGAUAUAAAUAUCAAGGUUACCGUGAAUCUUUUUACGUCAAGUCAACAAUAAGAUCAACAAAAUGUGAUUUUUUUGUAAGAAAGAAUGGAGGGCGAUGUGUUAAUUGUCAGACUUACCGUAGAACACUGCGCAAAACACUUCAUCGUAGAUCAGGUACCCCUAAAGUAUGUACAUCACAGAAGGAUUGGACUAAAUGUAAGACAUCUAAUAAAAACUUGACAGAAAAUCAAAAACUACACAAAAUCAAACAAUUUAAAGACUACAGCCAGCAAUUAGAAUUGGAAAAUGCACAGUUAAGACGAGAAAUAACAAAACAAAAUAAAACUGAAGGUGUCCGCAUAUCAGAGGGAGAAAAUAAAGACCUGUCGGAACUCGUGCAAAGUUGUGAAAAGGAAAUGGAAAAAAAUCACCCUGAUGAAUCUUCUUACCAGCGUUUGUUUUGGGAGCAACAACUAAAGUGUUCUAAACUGAAAGAUAAACAUGGUAUGCGCUGGCACCCAUCAAUCAUCAAAUGGUGCAUUUAUUUAAAAAGUAAGAGUUCAAAAACUUAUGACACUUUGAGAAAUUCUGGUUUUAUUAAACUGCCGUCGGAAAGAACCCUGUUUGACUACACCAACGCAAAUGCCAAAGGAAAAGGAUUUCUUGUUUAAUUAUCAACUGAUUUUU